AUGGCACCGUCAAUAGGAAGUGCCGUGAUCAACGAACAAAAUCCGUUCGAUUUUAACGUUACGGAUUUUCCGAUUAUACUAACGUCGGAAGAAACUCAAAGUUGGACAAUAAUAUUAGCAAACGUUAUUAAAAUAUUAAUAAUGAGCUUUAUCAUUGUUGCCGCAAUUUUCGGUAACCUAUUGGUCAUUGUGUCCGUCAUGAGACAUAGAAAAUUAAGAAUAAUAACGAAUUAUUUUGUCGUGUCCCUAGCGUUUGCCGACAUGCUUGUCGCCAUGGUCGCCAUGACGUUUAAUUUUAGCGUACAAGUUACCGGUAAAUGGAUUUUCGGGUAUUUCAUGUGCGACGUUUGGAACAGUUUCGACGUUUAUUUUUCGACCGCGAGCAUAUUACAUUUGUGUUGCAUAAGUGUCGAUAGGUAUUACGCGAUUGUUAAACCCCUAAGGUAUCCCAUUAACAUGACAAAAAAAGUGGUGUGGAUAAUGUUGUUGAACACUUGGUUAUCUCCGGCCAUGAUAAGUUUCGUACCGAUAUUUUUAGGUUGGUAUACGACUGAAGAACAUAAAAUAUUUCGCGAUAACAAUCCGUACGAAUGUGAUUUCAAGGUUAAUAAAUUAUUCGCCAUUAUAUCAUCGAGCAUAAGUUUUUGGAUACCGUGUACGAUAAUGAUAUUCACUUACCUGGCCAUAUUCAAAGAAGCCAAUCGUCAGGAAAAACAAUUACACGAACGUCAGGGUAACGCCAUGUUGCUCAACCAUCAUCGAAGCAGCAAAGAAAUAAACAACAUAAAUGGCGAUGUUUUGUCCAGCAGCGGCGGGUCGUCCAAAACUCUCACGCUUCACGACAGCAUAACGACGGCCGACCUUCAUUCGACUCCUACGAAAGAUAGAAAUUUAAUUAAAAUGAAACGUGAACACAAAGCGGCAAGAACUUUGGGUAUCAUAAUGGGUACCUUUAUACUUUGUUGGUUGCCAUUUUUUCUGUGGUACGUCGCGGCAACGCUUUGCGACUGUGAAACUCCUCCGAUCGUCGUAGCCUUACUUUUUUGGAUAGGUUACUUUAAUUCGACUUUAAAUCCAUUGAUAUACGCUUACUUUAACAGAGAUUUUAGAGAAGCGUUUAAAAACACUUUGCAAUGUGCUUUUUGUAGCUUAUGUAAACGUCCACCGAGUGAUUUGGACGCAUUGGACGUUCGUAGAGCAAGUCUGAGAUACGAUGAUAGAACUAGAAGUACUUAUUCGGAAACGUACAUGACGCACAUAGACAGAAGGAGAUCGAGCGAAUUAGGAAGCAGUCUGUGA